AAAGAAACAAAAAGUGUCAUCUUCUUCAUAGUUUCUUCAAUGGUGACUGGUCUUAGUCCACCUUAUUAUGCCAAUUUUUUGUUGUUCAUUAAAUACCAGACAGACAACUAGACUUGUUAUUUUCCCUAUAGCUUCGCAGCGACUCUGCUGUCUGCGUAUAAUCAACCAUCAAUCAUGGUGAAGGGAAAUUUAAACUCUACUCUUAAUCUCAAGCUUUCUCUUCCUUCUCCCGACGAGGCCUCCUUCGCUAAGUUCCUGACCCAAAGCGGUACGUUUAGGGAUGGUGAUCUGCUCGUUAAUAGGGAUGGAGUUCGAAUUAUUUCUCAGACUGAAACCGAUGCUCCUCCUCCUAUUCGGGCAUCAGAUAACCAACUUACCUUAGCAGAUGUAGACACAAUCAAAGUCAUUGGGAAGGGAAAUGGUGGAGUUGUGCAAUUGGUGCAACAUAAAUGGACAGGCCAGUUUUUCGCAUUAAAGGUAAUCCAAAUGAGCAUUGAGGAAUCCACUCGCAAGCAGAUUGCUCAGGAAUUGAAGAUCAACCAAUCAUCACAAUGUCCAUUUGUUGUUGUUUGUUACCAGUCUUUCUACGAUAAUGGUACCAUUUCUAUUAUCUUAGAGUAUAUGGAUGGUGGAUCUCUCGCAGAUUUUCUGAAAAAAGUCAAGACAAUUCCAGAACCAUAUCUUGCCGCUAUCUGUAAACAGGUGCUUAUGGGUUUGCUUUAUCUUCAUCAUGAAAAGCACAUUAUCCAUAGGGACCUAAAACCUUCUAAUAUACUAAUAAAUCAUAGAGGGGAAGUCAAAAUUACUGAUUUUGGAGUGAGUGCAGUGUUGACAAGUACCUCAGGGCAGGCAAAUACCUUUGUAGGGACGUACAACUAUAUGUCUCCCGAGAGAAUUAUUGGAGAAAACUAUGGCUACAAAAGUGACAUAUGGAGUUUGGGGUUACUAUUGCUCGAGUGUGCAACAGGGAAGUUCCCAUAUACACCCCCAGAGCAAGAUGAAGGAUGGAAUAAUUUUUAUGAACUUAUGGAAGCCGUUGUUGAGCACCCACCACCUUCUGCACCUUCCAACCAAUUUUCUCAGGAGUUCUGCUCAUUCAUAUCCGCAUGUGUGCAGAAAGACCCAAAAGAUAGACUGCCAGCACAGGAACUUCUGAAUCAUCAAUUCCUAAGUAUGUAUGAAGACUUGCAUAUAGAUCUCUCAUCUUACUUCACCAAUGUAGGCUCUCCUCUCGCAACCUUUUAAGUCAUGUAUGUAUGUGAGUUAUGGACUCAACUCGUCCAUUAUUAGCUUCAUGAGGAUAGAAUCUAGCAGUUAUUUAUCAAGCGUGCUUUGACCCACCAUUGUUUGUAUUUGUGGCUUAUAUGUUCAGACUCUGAAUCUUCCACUAUGGUGAUGAUAAAUUAGUAAUUCUUGCCAUUAGUUCUGCAAUAUGGCAAAGAAAAAGAACACUGAUUA